AUGUGGGAUACGACCGGUUUGAUUACUGUGAAUUGUCCGCCAAAAAAAAAAAUUCAGGAUCUGACUACAAGGACCUAUCUCAAAGAACAAGAGUUAGAAGUUCACACCAGAGUUUUUUUGAUGCCUCUGAAUCGUCUGUCCAACUGUAUGGGAAAGAUAAAUUUAAAGUAGAAACCUUUCUUCCCAUAAUAUUGGUACCCUAAGCGUGCAUCUAAAACAGCAGUUGGGUUCGUACAAGGACAUUAUUCAGGGGUUUGGUUUGGUUUUUAGCUUGAAAACACUAAAUUCUGCAGUAUUGAGACAAUGUUGCAAAGAACUUGCUAACAUCUAUAACAAAGACGUUAAUGAAGCAGAGUUAGAAAUGGAAUGUGUGCAUUUAAAAGAAUACUUGGAACAUGUUUACAGUGAAAAUGAAGAAACUGAUAGUAUAUUAAGAAUAUAUCAUCUUUUGAAAGGAUACAAAAUUGAAGAUACAUUUCCAAAUGUAGAAAUUGCAUUGAGAAUAUUUUUAAGCAUGAUAGUAACUAACUGA